GUCUACUCGAACAGGUCACACUACAUAACUUCUCGAGGAGAUUUGGUUGUCGUAGACGCGACUCGGUCGUCAUUUGGAGAUUACAAGGUUGUGGCCUCCGUCGAUGGACUCGGAGAAGCGGUUUCGAGCAUAAUAACGGUCUAUCAGCAGACUAAUGCAGGGGAACCUUCGGGAGGGUUGUCUAUCAUUUAUUAUUCUGAGGACAGAACAAUCUACUCCGCUGGUUCUUCACAAAAGCGAUCGGAGUCGUUCGACUGUGUGUCGUCCUUGAAGGACGGAGCUCGAGCUCGAUGGAUACUUGAUGGCGUGGUGAUCUCUGGAACGGAAACAGGCAUCGAACUCUCCCAGAACAAUCGUCGCUUGACAAUGAUGGUACCAGAUGCCCUUCGAAAUGGUCGUAACGAGCACAAGUUGGAGUGUAAAGUUGAUGCAGCUUCAGGAGUAUUAUUCGAUCAGACAUCCUUGAAGAUCAGGGUCAUAGAAGAACCGAAAUUAAGACCUACUCCAGUAGAAAAGUUUUUACCACUGGGCUCUCGCCUGACGAUUCCUUGCUCGCCAAGGAAACAUAGUGGUGUCCCAUUGAGGAUUCAGUGGUAUUUCAACGGGAAUGAGGUCGCGACCAAAAACGGACGAUUAGUCGUCGAUGAGCUUUCUCACAAGGACUAUGGUGUUUAUCAGUGUGAAGCGACGAACGAGGCUGGAUCGAGUAUGAAUACGGUAUGGGUGAAGGAGGGAGCCAGUCAAGAUCCAGAAUUUCUUCGAUCUGACGAUGAAGCGCCUGCGUUGGAAGGGAAUGAUCAAGAGAACACCUCUGGUGCUCCAGUGAUCACCUCACCUCCGAAGGAUGUCUCGUUCGUGGUCGGAACGACGAGCUUAAGGCUGAAUUGUAUUGUAGCGGGAUUGCCAGCGACGUCUGUAAUGUGGCGAUUUAAUGAUGUUGACAUCACAUCGGAUUCGACGAAAUAUGACGUCACCGCGGAUGGUUUGAUAAUUCACGAUCUAAAGAAGUCGGAUAGUGGGAGCUAUACUUGUAUAGCAAAGAACAACAAUGGAAUGACGAGCGCGACAGCCAGAGUGACGUCGACAGGUUCGAAUCUGAUCGAAUACGGGCCGACCAAUCAGAGCGUCGUGAUCGGCACGAAUAUUAUGAUUCCAUGCGAAGUCAGCCCGGAAUAUAAAGACAGCGCUCAGUUGAUGUGGUUCAUCAAU